AUGGCUACUCGAGAGAUGGUUACUCAAUCCAUCCUCACAGUCGUGUACGAAGAGAAAUGGCAUGCGACGCUAAAGCUUGCUAGGGAGUAUCAGCACAGGAGGAUAGCCUUGUGUUUAAAAUGGAAGUUGACAUAAAUGGAGAGUCCAGAACUGCCCUGUCCACUCUCCCUGUGCCUCUUGCAGAGGUGGGCUCUGCAGGCAGGACGGAAGCUGAAAAGCCCCGCUGUUCCAGUACCCCCUGCUCGCCCAUGCGGCGGACAGUUGCAGGAUACCAGAUUCUCCACAUGAAUUCUAACUACCUGGUGGGCUUCACAACUGGAGAGGAGCUGCUGAAAUUAGCCCAGAAAUGUACAGGAGCUGAAGAGAACAAAGGAGAAUCGGAGCCAAACUUGCACUCCAAGCAGCUGGAUCCAGGACUUGCACGCUCCUCCCGUUUGUACAAAACGAGAAGUAGGUACUACCAGCCAUAUGAGAUCCCAGCAGUAAAUGGGAGGAGGAGGAGGCGGAUGCCCAGCUCAGGGGAUAAAUGCAAUAAAACUUUACCAUAUGAACCUUACAAGGCACUUCAUGGUCCCCUGCCUCUCUGCCUUUUGAAAGGUAAAAGGGUUCAUUCAAAAUCCCUGGACUACCUCAAUUUAGACAAAAUGAGCACUAAGGAACCUGCUGACACAGAAGUGCUACAAUACCAGCUCCAACACCUCACCCUUAGAGGGGACCGUAUGUUUGCAAGGAAUAGCACAUGAGCUGUCAUCUUGAACUUAGAAAUGAUUUCUCAUCCUUUCUCUGUUGCUGCAAAAAUCCACUGUUGUACUGUGUACAUGACUGUCCACAUUGUAGGUGGUUGUAUCAGCUAAAUAUUACCAGAAAGUAAUUUAUUUGAAUAGAGUCUUGGCAAUGCAAUGUGUUACAAAUACUUGGAGGGAGAAAUCUUUCCUGAGCAAGAAGCUUCUGAUGCAAAUUUGACUGCAAUCAGUGGAUAUUUCUUUGGACACGUUUAAAAAAAAAAAAAAAAGCUUUUGAUUUUUGGGUUUGUUUUUUUUUGUACAGCUAGAUCUACUAUUUACAGUAAUUUAACACUGAAAAAUUGGUGAUGUCUGCUUGGUUGUUGCUAAUUUUGGCUUGACCUUAGAAACUGCUCUUGGAUAAGUAUUCAAAUUUAGGAGGUUCUUUGGUUUUACUUUUUGUUUCUGUAUUCUAUAGGAAAAUGAAUGGGUUUUGACAGCAUGGAAAGUGACUGAAUAAAUCACUUUCUAUUUAAACAAUCUAGUUCAAACAUUUUUAGACUGUGCUUGUGCUGGUGAUGAGGGUGAGAUUUGCUCAUAAAGCAAACCUUUGCUACUUGAAUCCUCUUCAGUUAUUUUUUUUUUAAUCUCUGCAUGGAAGCAAUUGCUUUGCCUUUCCUAUAAAACAUGUUCAGAAUGAGUAUUUGGGUUCUUUAAAGCAAAUCUUUUGAGGAGUGAAGAUUUUUUUGUUAUUCUUGAUUUUAAUUUUUACAUUGUCUUGAGAGACAAACUGGAAUGUUUGCACUGGUAUGUCAGUAAUGUUUUUGGUUUUAAUUUAUGAUUUCUCUACCAUGUAUAGUAGCAGAAGGUGUCAAAUAACUUCAGCAUAGAUUUGGAAAUUCUGUUGACUUGAAGCACUGAACACUUGAGAUCUGGAGGGCUGAUUUUAUUUGACAGGGUGCAAGUGAAGUAUUUCUGUAUCAACAUUGAGGAGAUAAUCCUGGAUUAUUCAACAGAGUAGAUUGAAUACACCAGUUUACUUUUGUUACUUAAUGAAUUUUUAUCCAAACAUGACAUCUAACACAGGUUUUGACAGCUGUAUUCCUAGAUGUAUUUGAAACAUUUUAAUAACUUAUGUUUAAAAACGAAAACUAGUUUUCAUACUUUUUUUUUAGAUACAGUCUGUGGAGUGUUGCACUCUGAAGGAGUGUGCAACUUGAUUUUGGCUGAUGACCUCUGCAGAAGUUAAAAGUAAUGUCAUGCUGGUUUUAAAUGUAAAUUGUUUGAUCAGUUGUUUCUGAUAGAAUUAAGAUUUGUUUUGUUUGUUUGCUUAUCACUCAGAAUGAAUGGAAAGCACUAGUUAGUGCAUGUGCUAUGGAAAAUGAAAAGUUCUAAUUCUGUCACUUACUCUACAGUUUUAAAUGAAGGCAGCCCAGUAGUGAGCAUUUUGUGGUUGGGUUAUCUUUUGUUUAGGUUUGUUAGAAACAUUACAAAAAAAGUGUAUUUUUGAAAGUUAACUACACCUGUGUAAAUUUAAUGUAUCAAACAAUGACCUUGAAAGUAAAGUCUUCCUAUAUAGUCUUUAGUUUGAAAAACAGAGUACGGUCAGAUGCCAAAGAGAUGGGGGGUUUGUUUAAGGAAUAAAGACCAUUGUUUAUUGAAAUACCCAAGGAAAAUGUAUUUCUGGCUGAAAAAUAAAAAAGGUGGUAUAAACAGCUA